AAAAUAGAAAAACAAGUGUCCAAAAAGGCACAAAAACGUCUACUGCCUCGGGACCACCAUUCCCAUUUCUCCUUAAUCUCUGCAACCCUUUUAUUCCCUUUGUAAACAAUAAACAAACACUUUUCUUUCCCGGAAAAUAAAACCCAUUUUCCUUUCCUUUACAAUGUUUGGGAAAUAAGUGAGACCCCUUUUCUACAGUUUUCUUUCCCUUUUCUCUUCUCGUUCUCUCUACCAUUGAUGAUGGUGGCGAAGAAGCAUUGUUGUUGCUGUGAAUGGAAGUGGAUUGUACUUUGCCAGCUAUUCCUAGCCACUGUUGUUUGCUCCAGUCACCAUGGGAACCCUGCGAAUGAUCUUGUUGAUAUCAUCAAUAAGAACCGAACAUCCCAGAAACUCCCACAGCUGAAUGACAAUCCUGGUCUUGGCUGCAUGGCUCUGCAAUAUGUUGAAUUAUGCAAGGGAAACUGUACUAGCAAUGGUGUUGUGAAUUGCAAGCCACCUGAAGAUGACUUUACUGAGGUUUUCGGUCCAAAUUGUGGCGUAGAGCUGCCCACAUUUGGCACCGUAACUGGCCAUAUUGUAGGUUGUCAACCCAAGUACCUUGAGCCAUCACCAGCCUUUUCCCAUGUUCUGGUUAAGGACAGUAAAGCUUUAUCCAUAAUAAGAAAUAAAUCGCAUACAGAAGUGGGAGUAGGCUUGGUUGGGGCUCAUAAAGGUUCCUUCUUUUGGUGUAUUUUAUUUAGUGAUGGCAAGACAAAUUCCACUUUUAUUCUUGAAGAUAACGGCGAAGGGAUCAAGCAAAAGAAGGGGUGCUUUAGUGGAAGCACUUUUCCAUGCAGCAGUGGACAGAGGAUCCCUGUGUUUCUUAACAAUGUUUUGGCCUUAGUUCUUCUACGUAUUAGUCUGCUACAACACUGGUAUCCAACUUGGUAAUGUGAAUUAUUUUCUGAGAUAAAAUGUGCUCGGAUAUUUUGUUAUAUAGGUGGGGAGGACAUUGUUUUCGUUGUUGAAGAUCCUUGUGAGAGUUGUAAUUUUUUUCCACAUUUAUCAUUUUCUUGCAGUUUGUAUCA